GGGAAACAUAAACUACUGAAGUCAUCGAUCCUUUUGGAAAAGGUCUUGAUAGUAAAUAAUGCUCACUGAAUGGUCAAGAAGUUAGGACACGUCAACCGCAGCUGGAUCCAGUUUCUCCUGCUCCACCACCACUACCACCGGCACCUCAAGGUUGAGAUGUUUAUAAGAAGUCGACGUAUGUCUAGAACCUGGUUAUUUCGUCUCUACAAGUUUACUCAUUAGGGUUGUUUAAGAAAUAUGAACGAGUUUAUUCCUUGGAAGACGAGGCAAUAUUGCUUUUGGAUUUAGGUAUCACUGUACUGGCCGAUGAGGGGAUCAACAAGAAUUGUAUCUAUUUCAGUAGUAGUAGUGACAAGAACACAAAUGAUAUCUUUCUCUUCAAUCUUGAGAGGCGGAAGAUGGAGCAACUACACAAAUUUGAUUGCUCGUCUCUUCAACUCUCCAGUGAUGGAUGGUUUUUACCAAGUUUCACCAAGGCAUGAUUGAUCUCAGUUAAGUUUUCCUCUUCAAUAUGCUGUUUCACUCUUAUUAUUGAUAUGAUUACAUGCUAGCGUUUCUAGUUAGUAGUUACCAUAGAAAUUCUAUAAAUUACGCGAUAGUCAUUAAACUUAUAAACUCUAUGCAUUUAAAAAAUUUCAUAUGAAUUGGGCUGUUCAAAAUAUCACAUAGUUCGGUAAGAUAAAUAAAUUUUAGAAAACCAAUGUAUUCCUAUAGUUUAGGUUGUUGGAGAGGCAAAACGACAUUUAAUUGCUUCGAUCUGAUUGUAACAUCUCUCUUUUUCUGUCGUGGAGAUGGAGGAGAAGCAGAAACCUGAUUCUCAUGACAAUCUCAGAGGAAAAGACACACCCGAAUUAUGGUCAGACCUUCCUCAAGAUCUCUUGAUAUCUAUCUUCGAACGUCUCAACUUUGCUAAUUUCCAACGAGUUAAAGCCGUAUGUUCGUCUUGGCACGCCUCUUCGAGGCAAUGCGUCCACAUCCCCAAAAGUCAGAUCCAUUGGUUGAUUCUCUUCCCUGAAGACGACGAAAACAACAACAAUUAUCCAUGCACGUUGUUCAAUCCAGAGGAAAGAGACAAACGUUACAAGACACAAGAUCUUGGUUUGUAAUUUGCAAAGAGUUUUUGUAUAUCGACCUAUGGAAGCUGGCUCUUGAUGCUAAACCCUCUACGUAGUCUCUACGUUGUGAAUCUCUUUACCGACGAGAGAAUCAAUCUACCUUCCGUGGAGUCACAGCUUGGAAUGGUAAAAGUAGAGAGAACCCUAGAUGGUUAUGAGUUGCGCACUACAAGUCCCAACGAAAAGGUCUACAAAGGUAUUAGUAUACACCCAGUGUUUUGGAUUGAUGAGAGAACCAAUGAUUAUGUUGUUCUAUGGGGACUUCGAGACUUGUGUGUUGUUUAUUCAAAGAAGAGAGACACCUCCUGGACUCAACUUACCAAUACCUCAGGCUGUGUUGACGUGGUUUACAAGGAAUCCAAGCUUUACUUCUUAAGCUUGUCUGGUUGUUUCUUAAUCUUUGAUUUAUCUGAAGAGACUCCACAACAAAUCUUUCAGUGCAGUGUUAUUGUGGAAAGACUACGUUUAGGUCUUGUUGUUCCGACAAAACUUGUAGUCACGGUAAGAGGAGAAGUCUUCAAGGCUGAAAAAUGGUGGAGGUCGAGGUCUGAAACAUGGUCUUUCCGGGUUAUCAAGAUUUGUUCACCAGGAUUCCUGACGAAUCACAAACUGGUUACUUCUUUGGGAGACGAGUCAAUGCUUUUGGAUCAAGGCAUCACUGUGCUCGGCAAUGAGGGAUUCAUUAGAGAUUCCAUCUAUUUCAGUGUUAAAAGAGAUAACACAAGUUCUAUCUUUGUUUUUAAUCUCAGGACAAAGAAGACAGGGCCGCUGCACAACUUUGAUUGUUCUGUAGCUCAAUUCUCUAGAGCUCGUUGGUUCUUACCAAGUUUUACCCAAAUUACAUGAUUUACCUCAACUAUGUUAUGUUGAGGAAAAUUAAGUGUUUAUAGGAUAAAGAAAAACUCUGAUUGAAAGUUAACUUUAUAACAUCAAAAAUAAAUUGAUGAUAUACCCUAAUUUCGCUUAUAGUAGGGGAAGAAAAUGUAUUUUCCUUUUCUUAUAUUUGAUGUAUAUCCUUAUAUUUUCUUAUAUUUGUUGUCCAAACAUUACCAAGGACCCAGUACAAGUGGUGAUUUUAUAACAAAUUGUCUUGACACAGUAAUUUAGUUAUUGUAUGUUUUAACCUUUUUUUUUUUUUUUUGAAACACAAUUUGUAUGUUUUAACUUACAUAUUUGUUUUAGUAUGAACAUAAGACUUGAAGAGGAUUUUUUGUUCAAAAAAAUCAAGACUUGAAGAGGACCAUCCAAUUUGGUUGAGAGCGAACCUAACUCAUUGAAUCGUAUCAAUAUGCUUUGAAUAUAUUCAGUUCUGACAUGGGAUUCAUUCAUGGUUUAUUGUAACAAACUGUUUGAUGUUUGUGCAACAAUAAAAUUGGAGAGACGGACAAUAUUCGACAUUGAUCAACCGUGUUUGUGUAGUUGGGUAGUUAUUGUUAGACUUUUGUAUUAAUGCAAUUUCUCCCGAAAAAACAGACUGGGAAUAAACAGUUUGGGUAUGUUGAUGGACUGAUGGUGAACUUUCAACCAAACCCAAAACCUUUUUUUUUUGUCAUCCAGUAGUUUUUGAUUGAAAUUUUAAGGCUGGUGUUACACAAUACCUUUCUUGGAUAGUGAACUUAAAAUUACAAAUCGUCCCAUCAUAAAUUAGUAAUUUGUUUCCUCAUUAUACGAUUGAAGUUUUAGCAAAGACCAUUUACCUCCAGUAGAUUAGUAGUUUUGUAGCAGAUAGAAAAUUACAUCUACACUUAACUAGUUUACUUUGUCAUGAAACUUUUUUUUUUUUUUGGACAAACUUUGUCAUGAAACUAACCCAUAAAAAUUGAGAAAAUUAGUUACACACUUAGAUUAACAUUUUAUAUUAGAAAGCUUUAUCUUCUUAAUUUACAUGAUAAUAAGCAAACACGAAUAUUUGCCCAAAUCCACACAUCGUACUAACAGCAAAAGUAGCAAAU